CGGACAUGGAACUCUCUGAUGCACCAUCCGGGACCGAAUCCGAAGGCAAAGAGUCUCCUCACCUGCAUACCAAGGUCCUGAUCAUUGCAAAGCCUACAAUACAUACAGCGCCAUCCGGUACCGAAUCCGAAGGCGAAGAGUCUCCUCAUCUGAAUGCCAAGGCCGUAAUCAUUGCGAAGCCUACGGUACAUACAGCGACCUCGUCUGACUCUUUCGCCGAUCUUUCUUUGGGACUCUCUGGCCAUGCGGGUGGUUCCAAUGAGAACGACGCUAUUCCUCCCGUUCUGCUUGAAAGGGUUAAGGAGAAGGCGGCUAACAGCAACAUUAACAUAGACGAACUCGACCUCGAAGGCGAAGACUGGUUCCCGGAGAUCCCCGUCAACCCCAACGCACCCCAUAAGCUCAUUCCCGUUGAGGCUCGCCGCAAGGCCGUCCGAGGCGAGAAGGACACCUCCCUUCUGACCAUUCUCGUCAAGAACUCGCAGGACGGUAAGCUCCAAGAACUUCGUUAUGCGAAGACGCCCUACUUCAUGAUUGACUGGAACUCCAAGAGGCACAUUGCCGGCAUCAACAGCUGGCGCGCCCAGAUCUGGGGCCGUGCUGGAUUCAAAGAGAAGCAAAUCAUCAAGUUCACCGCUGAUGAAGACGACUGGUUCGACCUAUACUACAACCUCGGAUUGGCCAAGGGACUUCAAAGCCCAAUCAAGCUCCCCGGAGUGAUGGCGGUAAUGGACGACUUCAACAGGUUCUUUCAAGGGAAGGUCUUGACAGACAAGAAGGGCCAAGCACUGGAGCCGCGCGAACCGCGAUCCUACUCCUCGUUCGCGAGCAAGUCAACGCGCAUCAUCACCGCGAUCAAGGAUGCGAAUCCCGGCGCGUUCGACGAGAGGGAACGCCAGUUCAGGCCCGUAAUCACCGAUGAGCUUCUUCGCUCUUACCAGGAGCGGAAGAAGAAGGUCGACGCCACGAACGAGGGAGCCGUCAAGGCCAUGUUCGCUGCGCUCUUGUUCGAGCACGACAAGAAUCACGUCGAGAAGACCAAAAGUAAGUCCGCGAAUGGGAGUGAGGCGCGAGCCUGGCUGAUAGAGAUGCAGAUGUCAAGGCAAAUGCCGACUGCGACUCCGGAUCGAAUGGCGAGUUGGCUGCAUUUCGGAGCACUAUCGUGUCCCUCGCUAACGCUCAGCAGACUCUUAAUUCUCUCUGUUGCCAAAAGCGAGAAUGUCGGUUUCCAGUAGGGUCAUAGGGUUGGGGGCGUUUUGUAUGGGUAUGGGGCUCUGAGCUGGAGGCAUAUCAGGGUCGGGAGCUCUGGAGGGCCGCGAGCUCAACCUCGGGGGUGCUGGACUUGUUAGAAGAUUCCGCAGAAGAGCUGUCAAAGAAUAACGCCGUGCUCCGUCUUCUUUUCCUUUUUUGGAAGUAGGUUGCUAGGGGGAAGGGGGCCCGUCUGAUACUGGCGGACAGGGACGAUGAACGUGUCGGAAAACAGCAAAUGGAUAUUUAUCUGUUUCAUUUUGAUAUGCAAUUGUAGAGUUCAGGAUAAAACCUUAGGCUUUCGAGACAUGAUGAG